ACAUGGCAACUACAGAGUUCAUCAGCGUUACGUUUCCCAAUGCUUCGAAUGAGUUGCAACCUAUACCCGGAGCAGGAGUAGACUCAGCGUUUCUGGAAAGAUAUGCCCGCUCUUUGGACGACUAUGGCUACAACUACACUCUGAUCCCUUACGGAUCAUCUGGGUUUGAUCCAUUCACACUUGGUGCCACCGUUCUGGCAAAGACCAAGAAUAUCAAGAUCAUUAUCGCCUUGCGACCGAAUACACUCUACCCAACUGUGGCAGCCAAGGCUCUUGCUACUCUGGAUCAAUUGAGUGGAGGUCGCGUGGUUGUGCACUUCAUCGCUGGCGGGAGCGAUGCUGAACAGGCCAAGGAAGGCGACUUUCUCACCAAGGAUCAGCGAUAUGGCCGUUUGGAAGAGUACAUCAAGAUCUUGAGACGUACCUGGCAAUCCAGAGAGCCUUUCGACUGGGAAGGAACCUAUUUCACCUUCAAGAACUUCCACAGCGAUGUCGUCCCUACCAACAAGAACAUCCCUGUCUCUGUCGGCGGCUCCUCAGACGAAGCUUACCGGAUUGGUGGCUCGCUUGCUGAUAUCUUCGGUCUCUGGGGUGAACCUUUGAAAGAGACCAAGGAACAGAUCAAUCGCAUCUAUGCCGAGGCCGAGAAGGCAGGUCGCACUGACCGUCCUCGCAUCUGGGUUACCUUCCGCCCUAUCACCGCAGAAACUGAUGAUCUUGCUUGGGCCAAAGCACACAGGACAUUGGAUGCGUUGACUCACAACACUGCAAAUGGUGUAGGGAAAUCUCCUGCCAAUGCACCUGCGCCACAAAAUGUCGGAUCGCAGCGCUUGCUUGAUAUUGCGAAGCGUGGCGAGGUCCAAGAUCGUGCGUUGUGGUAUCCGACCGUGACCGCAACGAAUGCAAGAGGAGCUUCGACCGCAUUGGUUGGCUCGUAUCAGACAGUGACUGACUCCAUCCUUGACUAUGUCGAGCUUGGAGCAGAUCUGAUCUCGAUUCGUGGAUAUGACAACUUCAAUGAUGCUGUCGAGUACGGCACGCAUAUCCUGCCAGCCGUGAGGAAGGAGAUUGCUAACAAGUAUUCUUCCUAAACUUCGGGUGAAGGUCAGGACUCGUGAAGUUAACAAUCACUCUGUAACAGAUGAUGGACAACUUAGGCUGGGGUGGUCACUAAGUCAUUCGUAAUUUGG